UGGAAAAAUGCCCACAAAGAGCCCUUAUUUCUACAAAAAUUAAACCUGUUUACGACUGAUUUCCGCCGAUUAGACAAGUGGUCGAACCACAGAGGUCAGAUCCCCUCAGUCAUCAUUCAUCAGCGAUGGGUGUCAAGCAGUUUUCGUCUUGGUCCUUGUUCCGUGUAUUAUUUUUGUGGAUAACCUUGUUUAGUGGUUGGGUGCCAACCAUCUCAGGUGCCGAUGAUCUGGUGAUCGAUUAUGAGACGGCCGAACGCUUAGCCAACCUCCCCUUGACUUGCUACAAUCAAGAGUUUCCCCACAAGUUCGGCAUUACGUACAAUGGAAUCGAAGAAUUGAAGAGUCCCCAUGCGGUUCACCCCAUCUUCUAUGGGUGUUUUGAUUGGCACUCGGCCGUUCACGGCCACUGGCUCUUGGCAGCUAUCCUGAAUAAAUUCCCCGACACGGACUUGGCCCAAAGGAUAAUCACUCUGUUUGAUGAACAAUUCCAGGAAGACAAGGUGGCUGUGGAAAUGGAAGUUUUCAGGCAAGAGCAUAACAAAAUAUUCGAACGAACUUAUGGCUGGGCCUGGUUCUUGAAGUUGCAUGACGAACUUGAGCAGAACCCUCAGAAUCAGGAACGAGGCUGGAGUCGCAUUCUCCAACCCAUGGCUGAUCUUUUGGUGCAAAACUACCAGAACUUCCUGCCUUCAUUGGCUUAUCCAAUUCGAGCAGGGGAGCACCCAAACACCGCAUUUGGACUCAUUUUUGCAUACGAAUACGCUCAAAAACACGAUCUUGAGGAGUUGGCCGAUUUGAUUGCUUUUAACGCCACGGGUCAUUUCCAAAGUGACGUGGAUUGUCCAUUGAAUUGGGAGCCCAGUGGCUCGGACUUUUUAUCUCCGUGUCUUCAAGAGGCCGAACUCAUGGGAAAGCUCAGCGAUUUGGAUCAACCUGAUGAAUUCAACGAAUGGUUCCAGAAGUUCCUACCCAACCUGUUUGAUCCUGACUUUAUUCUGGAGCCAGGGCAUGUCAUUGAUCGAACCGAUGGGAAACUUGUUCAUCUAGAUGGAGUGAACUUUUCGCGAGCUUGGAACCUCUACUCAUUGAUCAAGACCUUGCCCAAGAAUGACACCAUGAACCGAGCAAAGUUUCUUUCUUUGGGCGAUGAACACAUUCGCGAAUCCAUGGAAUUUGUGGUUGGAAGUGAUUAUGCCGGAGCCCAUUGGUUGGCCUCGUUCUUAUUUUAUGCCUUGCAAGUGCGAGAGCAUGCCCUUGAAGACAUGUUCACGUACUAACAUGGACGGAGUUCACCAAACCAAGAUAUUUCAACUAAAUGGAUAAUCAAGUUAUCAUACAUUGUUGAAUUGUGGACUGUGGACAAAAAAUCAAUCCAACAAAUAUGUGGUUUUUGUUUUGAUUUAUCAUAAAUACAAUACAUUUCAAAUACCGUU